CUCCCCCGCAGGACUCUUGAACGCAAGGCAACGUGCCAGGCGCUGACAGCCGAGGCAGGGAGGGAACAGCUAGCCCCAGCAGCACAGAGUGGGAGCGGAGGCAGCAAACCCCGCUCUGCCCUUGGGGACCAGCCCCUGCGCAGUCCCAGAGUGUUAUGCUGAGAUGGCGAGUGCCCGCAGGGCAGAGCCCGAUGCCGAGGACGCAGCCGAGACCGAAGAGGCCAUCUACGAGGAGGUGAUGCCCUGUGACAGGAUGGAGCUGAGCCAGCGGCUGGCCGUGGAGGAGCUCAUCACCACUGAGGCCAGCUACGUCCACAACAUCCAGCUCUGCGUGUCAGACAUCCGGGCACACCUCCAGAAGAAGCAGCUGCCUGAUCUUGACCUGGAAGGACUCUUCUCUAACACUGACGACAUCCUCCGUGUCUCCAGACGGUUCCUGAAGGGUCUUGAGGCCACGGCUACCCAGCGGCAUGAACAGCUGCUCUGCAUCAGCACCCUGUUCCAGGAGUUCAAGGAGGAGAUGGAGACUGUCUACAAGAUCUACUGUGCCAGCUACGAGCAUGCUCUCCUGCUGGUGGAGAGCUACCGCAAGGACCCCAGGCUGCAGGAGGAGAUCUUGGAGACCCUGAAUGCAACAGUGCCUCACACAGGUGCGUCGGACCUCAGCUUCUUCCUGGUGAUUCCAGUGCAGAGGGUCACCAAAUACCCACUGCUGCUGGCAAAGAUCCUGGAGAACACCCCCACCAGCGCCAGCGCCUACCCGGCCCUGCAGGCAGCCGUCCGCGCCAUGGCCCAGGUCAACGCCAACAUCAACGAGUACAAACGGCGCAGAGAAGUAGCAACCAAAUACAACAAGGCUGAGCACCUGACGCUGCGGGACCGCUUCGCGCGCCUCAACACGCACUCCAUUGCCAAGAAGACCACGCGGCUAAGCCGGCUCUUCAUGCACGAGGCCGGCAUUGUGGCCAAGACGGAGGACAGGGAGUAUGACGACCUGGAAGAGAAGUUCCAGUGCGUGGUGUCCAGCGUGGCUGUGCUGAAGGAGAACGUGGCAUCCUACCUGGACCAUUUAGAGGCGUUCCUGGUGCCCACCCCACACAAGCAUGAGCUGCAGAUUGACGAGGGACCUGCCCAGCAGUACCGCCACUUUGCAGAAUACUUCUAUCGCACUGUUUUCCCAGAGUUUAAGCAACGGCUGGACAGGCUGGUCUGCCAGCCCCUCUGCAGCCUCUCAGACAUGCUGGUGGGGCCACAACAGCUGGUCAAGAAGCCCAUGAACACCUACCUUGCCAUCAAUGCCCUGCUGGUGGCUGAGCUCCCACGGUUCAACCAGGUGGCUGUGCAGCUCCUAGGGCAGAUACUGUGCUCCCUCAGCGCCCUGCAACGGGACUUGGCUGCCCAGGUCCUGCACCAGGCAGAAAAGGAGCUAGAGCAGAUGCCUCAUGGCCGCAUGCCUCUGCCCAGUUUCUGGAAGAUGGUGGAAGACACCUUGCAGCAGUCUGGCGCUCAGCUCCGUACCUUCUGCCAGAUGUUUCAGACGGUCACGCCGAGCCCUGUGACACAGACUCUGAACCCUGCUGAGGAGCAGAAGGUCCUUUCCCUUGUGAGCAAGCACGGACCAGACAAACUUUACCAAGUGACAAGCAACAUCAGUGGCAGCAAAGACUUGGACCUGACCUUGCAAAGGGGACAGAUUGUAGCUCUGCUGCAAAGUGUGGACACUAAGGGGAACACAAGCAGAUGGCUGGUGGAUGCUGGAGGUCCCCGAGGGUUUGUGCCUGCUGGAAAACUCCAGCCCUAUUGCCCAGUACAAAGCCAGCAGCCUGGGAUGCAGAUGCCAGCCCUGGAGAGCAGCACAGAGAGAAGGCGACAUUCGUAUGCAUCACCUGAAGCUCCCAGCCCCCAGGUGGCCACCUUCACCCCAGCUUUCCAGGUGGUUGCCGGCUUCUCCUUCGCAGCCAGGAGUCCGCAGGAGGUGAGCCUCCAGGCAGGGCAGCCCGUGGUGGUGCUGGAGCCACAUGACAAGAAGGGGAGCAAGGAGUGGAGCCUGGUGGAUGUGAAUGGUCAGAGGGGCUAUGUGCCCUCCAGCUACCUGGUGACCGUCCCUGUGCAGGAGUCCAUGGGCUGGAGCUUGCCUGUGUGAGCACAGCCAGCCCGGCACCCAAGGGCACAGGCUUCAUCGGAUGAGAGCCGUCCGCUUGGCACCCGAGGACUUGUCACGGGAGAUGGUGGAGGCGGGUGGCCAUAGUGGUCCCGGGCUGGGAAGGCGGUGGGAAGCAGCUGGCAGAAUACGUCCCGGGGGAUGUGGGUGUGAGGGACGGCAGUUGGGAGGCACAUUUUGAUGAGUAGGCGUGAGGGUGCCAUGUCCCAUACGUGUUUGCACAAAGGAAAGGAGCGUGAGAGAGUGAGGGCAGGUGGCUGCAGUUUUCCAGGGAUUUGCUGAAAUCCGCAUCAGUUACAAAAGUGUCCCUAGGGGUGAUGAGACAGCAUUGUCCCCAAUUAGAUCAGGACUAAGCUGCAAAGGGUGCAGUGCUGCAGAGGGGCUCUUCAGCCUGGCACAGAGCAUCUGGGGCUCUUGGGAAGAGGCUCUCCGGGAAAUCGCUGGUUUGAGUGCAGAGACCAAGGUGGAGCAGCCCCGGAGACAUGGCUCCCCGCUCCUCACCGCAGUGUCACACCUGCCUGGCUGCCCACCCUGAUAUGCCAUUGUGGUCCCUUCGGCAGCACAGCUUUCACAUUCUGCUAAAGGGCACGGCAACGCCAGCCUCUGCCCAGCCACGCUGUCAGCGAUGGGAGGGUGCCGGGCUGAGUGCCGUGGCCGGGGUCCUCCCCAGCCCUCCUGGCCACCAAGCACCACUCCUGGCCUCAGUUUCCCCCCCCAGCACAGCGGGGCUGAUGCUAGUGACCCCUUUGAGGGCACUUUGAGCUCUGGCGAUGAGAAGUGCUCUGUACACCACUGAUGCUAGUUCGUGUGACUGAUACGCUGACAUUAUAGUAUGUU